AUGGCGAGCUCUGCGGAGGUUAUUGUCUUGUCCUCCUCCCCCGAUCCUCCUAAACGAACACCGAAAAAAGUAGUAGCACUCGGCUCUGAGAGAUUUCUUGAUGUCUCGCCACGAGGGCUGUCGCCACAUCCCAUCCCGUCACCUUCAGAUCUCUUCAAUCCACCAUCCCGUUCCCGAUUCUUUCCCACGCCAAACGUGACCGAUAAAGACGCUAUACACAAGCGCGAGACAAGCAAAAAGACUGCGCUUUCAGUCUCUCGCAACAACAAUGAGUCAGCUAAAUCGAAAUUGAAACGGAAGCCAAAGAAAGCCGGGGAAAAAACACAGCCCAACGUUCAGGACGCCGAACCACAAUCCCUUGAAUCCCCUGCCGCUGGAAGCAAAAGCAAAAACGCGACAUCACAAAACCCCCGCUCAAAAACAUCCACCAAAAAAAAAGAGACGGGAAACAUGAAACUGACGGGGAAGGUCACCAAAGGAGGCACUGAUACCGAGACAAAAAAGCCAAGCAAGGCAAAGAAGAUGGCUGCUGCUGGCAAGGCUCCAUCCGAAGAAAACGUCGAAAAGACGGCCGUCAAAGAGCGUCCGGGGCCUACGGAAGACAAGGAGCUUAACCUUGUUGAGGCCUUAAGAAGGAGAAUGGAUUGGACACCACCGAGACGAACUUCCCCUAAAUUGGAGACCGCUACGGAGGACGACAGAAAUAAUGCGAAUGAGCAUGAGCCAAAACCUGGGGGCUCAUUUGGCAAGCUGCUUUCUGAUUAUAGCUUCUCCGGAGCGACUUCAGCCGCCCACAAAUUGCCACUGAACAUGACUAGCGGGGGACCAACGAAAAGACGACGUAUCGAGCUGGUAGACCCAUUUCUUCAACCGUACCAAGUAUACCAGGCCGAGUCAGGUGGUGAAGCGUCCGCUCAGGUGGAAGGCGAUUCCCAGCCCAAAAAGAAACCCAAAGCUCCGAAACGAUACACGACUUUGACCGCACGAAUGACCGCACAAUAUACGCCGAGUAAUGAACAUAACGAUCCAUCCGGUGAUGAUAGCAUCCAGCACAUUGCCGAGGCCAAGCCUAAGCGAACCAAGGCCCGGAUGAAGGAGAAUGAAGUGAUGCCUAUUGUCCUUUCGCCUGAAGCGGCCUUCAAGUCAUUGGAGGAUCAAGAUCUCAUUUUUGGGACCUGCAGCCAGCUAGAUCGAGAGGAUUCUCCACCAACCAUGCGAGAGACGCAGCAAGCUAGUCAUGCAUCCGAAAGCCUCACCAAUGAGAGGCGGGGGAUGGCUCUAACUAUCCCGAGAACGAGCUCUUCUGUAUCUCGCAUGACUGGUACCAGAAAUCUCUGGGAAGUUGCUGCACGGAGCGCCGAAGGCUCAUUAGUUCAGGCAAAGGCGACUGACUCUGUGGAUCUCACCAGUCCCAUUUGGACUCCCAAUGCGUCCAAUGCUCAGGCAAAACAAUCCAUGAACUGGGAGAACGAUGAUUGGUUUGAACUUGAUUAUGGACAGCCGAAGCCUCCUCCAAAGAAGAAGACUGCCUUGUCAAGUGCAUCAAAAUCUGAAGCUAGGUCUCGUCCCUCAAGUGACCGAGAGCCGCCCGUACAAGGCGAUAAUGUACCCAUUAAGGUUACUUCAAAGCAAACCAGCAGCUCCCAACAGCCAUGCAUGCCCCAUUAUAGUGGUUUCACAGAUGCAGAACUCUCGAAGCAAGUUGCCACUUUUGGCUUCAAAUCGGUCAGAGGACGCAAGAAGAUGAUUGAGCUUUUACAGAAGUGUUGGGAAUCCAAGCAUGGUAAAGGGGGUACGACUUCUCUCACAAAUUCGCAAGCCCACCCACAUUCGCAGUCGGAAAUCGUUGAACUACCGGCUUCUACACAAUCACAACAUCUGGAUUCUCGAGGACUACCAGUGGCUCAAACGCCAAAACCCAAGACCAAAGCAGAUUCAAAGCUUGACAAAGAUGCAACUUCGUCCUCAGCAAAUACUGUCACGCAGACAAAACCCACGAGCACCAAAAAUCGCCUGACAACACUCCAAAAGGCAACGAGGACCUCCCGUUCCCAACCAUCAUCAUUUAUAGAUAUCGAAGAGAUCCAAGAUUCCGAGGAAGAGGUGAUUCCAUCACCAAGUCAAACUCAGAAGCGAUAUAACGAGAUUCUCUUAAAGACGCCGAAACCAGUCAAAGAGCCAUCUCUGGAAACCCAAACGAAGGAGCCAACUCCUAGCCCUUCAAAACGCAAGACGGCCAUUUUUAAAUCUUCUCGCAACACCAAAAAAGCAUCGUGCUCUUCUGAACAUAAGACCACCAAAGCGGCAUUUUCGGAGCGCAACAGCCUUCCCGACUUAGCUACUCAAAUAACAAAGGCCGUACGCUCCCAGUCUCGACUUUCGCCACCAUCAUCUUCCUCUGGAAGUCGAAUCUGCCCGACCUGGCAUGAGAAGAUCCUCAUGUAUGAUCCGAUCAUCUUGGAAGAAUUCACAAUAUGGUUAAAUGUCGAAGGGCUGAGCCUUGUUGGGGAGGAUCGAGAGGUACAUGUUGCGGCUGCCAGGGAAUGGUGCGAGAGCAAGGGUAUAUGCUGCUGCGGGAAGAAUAAUGCCAGCUGGUGA